AUGUAUGUGAAUAAGUGCUGUGCCGUUGUUAAUACCGACAUGGAGAGACUGGACCGGAUCUUCAUCACAAAUGAAUUUCAUCGAUAUAACCCAUUUAUAUAUAAAUACCAAAUGGUCGAAACCAAUCCAGACUUUACUGUGUUUGAGGACGAGAUGAACCUCUUUGGCUUUAACAAGACGGCGAUAUGCUAUAAACAGAUCUUUAAAGAGAUGAACGGCAAUCACUACCACUUAUUCCUCAAUGUCAUCCACCCGAUGUCGCGUGUGCUGCCUUUCAGAGACUCCCACAUGCUCUACACGUGUUACGUCUUCCAACAAAUCAGCUCGUCGCAGGUCAAAAUCUCGUAUAUGACACAGACGCAACCCGUUCCUUGGUACCAUUCAUCGAAUCCACAAAUUGCAUUAUAUAGACAACAACUCGCGUUGAAUCGCUAUUUCUCUGUAUUACUCGAUUGUCCUACAACGAAAGAAAUCCCAAGUUAUAUCUCCGUGGAAAGAACGGGGUUUGAUAAGGUGUUGCCGGGAUACAACUUAUCUGGGAAAUAUGUCUACUCCGACGAGAACAUCAAAAUAGUCGAACACGAGAGGUUCAAAGACGAAAUCAAUUUUUUGGUGCAAGGGAAGUAUGAAGCGCGAUCGACACAAAACUUAAAUAAGGACGAGAUAGUCAGAAUUCUCUUCCAAGAGCGGUGCAAAGUGAUUGAGAACAAUUCGGGGUCUUUUGUGUUACACAAAGGGUACUCCAAAGAUUACCAAGUCACUCAAGACCACAUCAAAAUGUCGAUCUUUCAAUAUUCCAGUGAGUGUGUUUUAGUGAAUAUUCACAGCAUCCACAGCGCACAAUGCGGAUUAGCACAUACCCACAAGAAUCAACAAUAUAAGAUAUUCCACUUCAAUACCGGCUUCAUCUUCUUUUCUAAGGACGAACAUAACAUGUGGAAUUUACAAUUCUACUUCGACAUGAUCCAAAAGGAUUCAAACGAACUCAAUUACACCAUCUUCUUGACAUUCCUCGAUAAUAUGAGACACGCAUUUGCUACAUCGCCAGACUUCAGAGAAGACUUGUCACCAGUUCUAAAGUUCAGUCUCGAGACUAAACCCGUCGAGAAGUGCGGGUUCUUCCCCCGCCUCAAAAGUAAGUGCCUUCAACUGAUCUGUUCAUAUCUCUCGAAAAAGGAUAUUCUAAGCCUUCAGAUGACUAAUAAACACAUUUGCUUGUUGGUGAGAUAUGCAGAGAAAAGAGACGCGCCGGAGUUGUUUAUCGACAAGGACAAAUCAAGUUCUUCAGAAACGUAUUCAGGACUUAAGGACAAGUUAAUAUCUUGCGACUCGAACUCGACGUCCGGUCCAAAACAAUCCGACAGCGGAAAUAAAGACCAACUUUCUCUUUCUAUCGACCAAGAGUGUUUAAAUCAGACCCAAAUGAUGUUCCAAAAGGAGACUUUGAACGAAAACUUUGAAAGAACGGAAAAGGUCGAAAGGAGUGACAAAUUACCAAAGGCACAGGGCUACGCACGUAUAGAGAAACCCGACAACUUUGAUAGUUUGAGUAGCUUGAGUUGCUUUUCUAAAAGCGACAAGUCCGAAAAGAAAACCUCGAUGGAGUUUGAGACCCCGACCGAUCACAACGAAAAUUCAGAGCAAAACCCUAUUAUGCUCGAAGGGCAUUUUAAUGUCGUUCGAAGUGUUGCGAUUCACCCAAAAGAAGACGUCUUUGUCUCGGGAAGUUCAGACCGCAAAAUCAGGUUGUGGGAGUUUAAUAAUCCACGAGAGAACUCACGAGUCUUUGUUGGUCCUAAUAGUUCAAUCACUGAUGUCAAUUUCAUUGGGGAACACAUCUGCACGGCUUAUAAAUGCGGGACAAUUAAAUACAUCCACCCAAACGACCCGCCACAGUCAUUUAUCUUUGACGCUGUGAUUGGAAAAAUUGAAGGGUUUUACCCAGUAGGGUUCACGGACUUUGUUGCUUGGAACGAGUGUGUAGAAAUCAUUUCGUAUCACGACGUGAAACAAACCGUCUUGUUUAAGUACGCAGAACACCAAAGAAAAGUGACCAUCGUCCGCCCAUUGACAAAUUACGUCUUUUUGUCGGGAUCGUCCGAUCGAACAGUUCAUAUUUGGGACACUCGACAACACUGCCCAACGGUCCACAGAUUGAAGCCACACAAAUCGGGUGUUAUUCAAAUGGAAGUCGUCGACUCGGAAAAGUUCUGUACGGUUGGUAACGAGAAGAUCGUCAACUUGUGGGAUAUACGGAACUUGAAAAGCCCUGUCUUUGAUAUUAACAACAAGACUGAAAUGUUGAGGAUUGGGGAAAAUAGAAUCUUUUGUGGUGGUGAAGACAACAAUGUGAGAAUAUAUAACCUUAAUGCCGAUCUUGUAAUUGAAUUGCAAAAUCAGCACAAAGAAAGUGGAUUGAGUUCGAUGGCAUGCGCGAGAGGGCAUAUUGUGACUGGAAUGAAAAAUGGGUCAGUCUUCGUGUUCAACAACGUAAUGUACUGA